AUGGCGGACACUGGCAGCUCAACUCCUACAGACGGUGCGGUGACCGUCGUGCGUCAAAUCGGCUUUCACCUCGACAUAGAGCCUGUCGAUAUCCUACUAUUCGAAUCCGACAAUCCUGCGGAGCCCGUCUGGAAGCUGAGCGACUUUGGGUCUGGCCUGGUCAGCGACUUUCAGGAGCACAACUACAACGAGAGCAUCUACAACAGCAAGUUGUCGACCAGCGAUCCGAUCUACACCAGCCCUGAGGUUGCGCUGGAGGGCAGGGUGUCGCGGCCCAAAGACGUGUGGAGCCUAGGGUGCAUCUAUCUAGAAGCGUUAGUCUGGAUUGCCGACGCGCCCCCGACUGCCCUGGACGACUUCCAGGAAGCCAGAUCCAAUCUCCCCGACGGCCGCACAGCACAGAAGCCCAUUUACUAGUACGAGGACCACAACG